AUGCCCGUCGACGGGGAGCGCUGGCUGUUCGACCGGGUAGGCAGGGACGCCGUAACAAGGGAGCGGUUCAUGAAGCCAGGCACGCGCUCUGGCAUCGACAGGAAAGCAGUAAAGCGGUACAUAGACCGCAUAGUCAAGUUCCAAGAAAAGCCAAUCGUGCUAAUCUACAUAACGGGCCGGCAGCUGGCCAGAGCGACGGAGAUUCUUAGCGUGCGGUACAGCUACACAGUUAAGGCAGACAUUACAGCAAACCUAUAA